AAAAGUUUAUUUUUGGAAUUUUAGUACAGUCCAGAAAUCGGAUAUUUUACGUCUCGUUCUGUUGAAAAAGAUUUUUUUAAUAGAACUUUUAUGUGAUAUGAUUCUCUUCAUUUAGAUUCUAAAUGAAUGGUAAAUUUUAAUCACAUGAUUUUAGAGACGGAUGAAUCUAGUUAAAUUGGUUAAAUAUGGACGAUCUAGUACGUAUCCGGGCAGUGCUGCAACAUCACCAUCGUGACAGACCGCCUUUUGCUAUGCAACACUUUCAACAAGAGUAUGAUCAGGUUAUCAACAACAGAGGUAGACGUAGAAUAUACAACUAUCAAGGGCCAUUGCUGCCAAGAGUUCCUGGCCCAGUCCCUGCAAGAAGUGAGCCACGAUUUCAGCGUAUCAAAAUAGAAGAGGAUGUUCUUAGCUAUAGUGGUGUAUCAGAGGAUCCCCCUGGCUUGUACAUUGCAGCCCACUCUAUAGAUCACUACGGCAAUUACUUUGAAAUUGAAAUUCUUGAUGUAGGUGACACAGGACAAAUUGCAAUAGGUUUAGUGCCUGACAAGUACUCACUGAACACACAUCCAGGCGUAGAGGCUAACUCUGUGGGUUAUAUGGCAGAAAAUGGAAAAUUUUAUAUAAACCAUGGUCGGGGUAAUUUUGACAUGAGUCAGUAUGGCCCUACUUGUGCAUUGGGCGACAGAAUGGGAGUCGGCAUACGGUUGAUUGAUGACCCCGCUGGUGGAGACAGGCACAGCUCAAGGAUAUUCUUUACAAAGAAUGGCCAAGAGGUUAAAAGCUUCGAGCUAGCCCUCCGGCCGCAUCAGUUGUACCCAGCAGUGGGGCUACAGUCUGAGGGGGAGGAGGUGAUUCUACGGCUGGAUGCUCUAUGGAACCCUGACGAUGUCACCCAGAUGGUGGUGGACUGUGGCGAGGAGGACUGGGUUCGUUUAGAAGAUGUUAGGCUCAAUGGAACGACAUUAGAAUAUACUGGCAGAGGACGGACUAUACAUGAUGUUGGACUCGCCCAGGCCAAGUACCCUCUCGAUACAACGAAUCAUUAUUUUGAAUUUGAGAUUGUCGACCCAGGGGACAAGUGCUAUGUUGCUAUAGGACUUGCUAAACAGAACUACCCCAUGAGAAGACAUCCAGGAUGGAAUAAUGGCUCUAUAGCUUACCAUGCAGAUGACGGAAAACUGUUUCAUGGCUCUGGGAUGGGUGUUCGAUUUGGUCCAAAGUGUUCAAUGGGGGAUACAAUGGGAUGUGGUAUAUACUUUCCUCCUGAUUACGACAAUGAAGCAGAGGUUUUAAGUAACGAUGAAGAUGAUGACGUGAGGAACCAGGAAGAAGACGAUGAGGAUGAAGAGGAAGAGGAUGAUGUCCAGCUCGAUGAGAUUCUUGGUCUAGGUGACUCGGAUGAUGACGACCUGUUUUUUAGGCCACCCAAACGACGUAAUAAUAGAGGGAAAGGUGCCAAAGUAACUGUAUUUUUCACAAGAAACGGUAAAGUCAUAGGUCAUAGGGAGGUGAAUGUACCCAAAGGUGGCUUCUACCCAACUAUAGGGAUGCUCAGCAGUAAUGAAAAAGUGAGAGUUGAUCUACACCCGUUAACUGGGUAGUACACACUUUUUAUCGUCAGCAUUAGUACAAUGACUAGAUUUUAUAAUGCAAGAAACACUGUGGUCAUGUGAUUGAGGGAAAGAUUAUAAAUAGCUGAAGGGGUUUGAUUGAAGACCUGUCCAAUAAGUGUAUUAACAGUAUGAUAGAGUAGAAUCUGCUGAAAGAUUGUCCUUGCUGUGUUUAACAGUCUACAAGAGUGCCGGUUUCUAGACCUUCAUGUGUUAAAUAUCUGCAAUGUGUCCUCUUCACAAAAGUAAACAAAUGCUUAUGGGUUUCAUUGCCUUUAAGGUUCAAUACUAAAUUGUGUAUUGAAAUACAUUUUAAUAAAAUAAUUUUUAAUUAAAUUGGUUUAUUGAAAUUUUAGUGCUUUAAAUUUUCUUUAACAAGGAGAACCUUUUAAGGGACCUAAUUCAAUGCUAAUGAUUUUAAAACAAAAUUCAAAACAAUUAGUUUGGAAGGAUUAGAUUUUUAAAUUCUUUAUAAGUAUUACCAAAAAAAAUGUGUUUUACUUUUAAUAAACCAAUUUUAAAAUAAGUUAUAUUGAUUGCCUGGUUUAUUUAACUACAAAUAUUUUAUCAGGAUUUACGCAGUUAAACUAUUCAUAACCAUAAUUGAUAAUAUAUUCACAAAUUCCCAUUUCCAUCUGUAUGCAGUGUUUUAUUGAUGUUGAUUGAAGAUAAAAACCUGUAUACAAUCUGAUCAUAAUCCGCCCAACUUAAUUUUCUUCAUUGCCGUUCCUUGUUUUGUUUUUAUUUAAAAUUUAUUUUAACUUACUUGAUGUUCUAAACUUAACUGUUUUAUAAAUUUCUUAACUCCAUAUGUUAAAUCUUCAGUUUUAUUUCCAUUGUUUUGACAUUUUAGAACAAUUUUUUUUUUCAAUGUAGAAGAGAAUUUUUUUAAAAUGUUCGUUUAAAAAGAAAUUUUUGUUUUAAAUUCAAUUUUUCAAGUUAUUAUUGUUCUUUGUGAGAUGUAUAUAGCCUUUGACAUUUAAAUGUGAAGUAUUUUUUACCUUCAUGUAUUAUAGUAUUCAUGUUUGAAAUUGUUUUAAAAAUGACAUGUCAGUAUGUCUUUCAAAUAUAUUUAUAUGUUAUUUAACUAUGUUUACAGCUUUCAUUGGUUAUGGCUGAAACUAAGAGAAAAAGAUAAUGUGGUAGUUAACAAUAAGAAAGACACCCUUUCUGAGAUAAUGGUCCAUACAAAACAGAGUACAGUGAAUUUUUUUACUCUCUAAAAAU